CGAACCAAUAGUCUUUCAGUUAACAGGGCUAAGUUUUCAACCCGGCGACUUAUUUAACUGGAGCUGCCGUUACAACUGUCGCAGUCUAUAGGCAGUGGAAGGCAGACGUUGUGAACAAUGGCAUACAGGAAAACCAAACUCAGUGUCCCCGACUACACCCACAUACCUGGAGGUCUGAACGUUGGCUCACAAAUUAUCGUCAGAGGCAGAGUACCAUAUGGGGAGGACAGGUUUCACAUCAAUCUCCAAACCGAGCAAGAAGACGGAUGUGACGUAGCGUUCCACUUCAACCCGCGAACCGACUCCCAGACGGUAGUCCGCAACUCCUACCAGGGAGGGUGGCAGGGGGAGGAGGUGGACACCCCCUACUUCCCCUUCUCCCACGGGUCAAAGUUCACCAUCAGGAUCUACGUGGGGCUGGACUACUACGUGGUGCUGGUCAACGGACGCUACUUCCUGCAGUACAACCACCGGCUGUCGUACCAAGACGUCAGGUACAUGAAGCUCAGUGAGGGCGCCGAGUUCUACGAGUCUACAAUACAGAACUCUUGUAAUGUGCCGUACAAAGGUGUGUUUCCCGGCGGGCUGAGGAUGGGGAAGGCUCUCAGGGUUCGUGGCUUUGUCAACGACAACGCUGAAAGGUUUGCCAUCAACUUUAACGCCGACAUCGAGGGCGAGACUGUGGGCAUCCACUUCAACCCACGCCAGGACCAAGAGGACGUGGUCCUUAACUCCAAGGUGGGGGGCUGGCAGGAGGAGGAGCGGGGUCAAGGCUGGUUCCCCUUCCAGAGGGGUCAGUUCUUUGAUGUGCUCUUCAUUUCCUGGGACGGAAGGUUCAACAUUUACGUCAAUGAGAAAUUCUUCACGUCCUACACAUUCCGUAUCCCACCUGAGGACAUCAACUACCUGGACAUAGACGGUGACGUCACGCUGAUGGACGUAGAGUUCACUGAUCCCUUGCCAGACGACUACAUCAAGCACAUUCCCUCAGGCCUGGAGAAAAGUGAUCUGAUCGUCGUCAAAGGUUUCUUCUACCCCACGGGCUCCAGGUUCGCCAUCAACCUCCUGUACGGGACCUCGCUUGAUGACGACAUUGCCCUCCACUUCAACCCCCGACGUGACCAGGGAGAGGUUGUCCUCAACAGCAGGGAGGGUGGCAGCUGGGAGGAGGAGGAGAGACACGCGUUGCCCUACCCUAUGGUUGAAAUGUUGCCCUUCCAAGUUGAAAUUGUCAACAAGAGCAAAAAGUUUAAGAUUUACAUCAACGGUAAAAAGUUCACCAGCUUCAAGGCUAGAGGGGACGUUGAGAACAUCAAAGGCAUCAACGUCAGCGGCGAGGCUUACAUCUAUGAAGUCAAGCUGCUGAGAAGAGUGGAGAAGCCAUUCGUCGACAAACUCCCCGGGCCCCUGGAGGUCGGGUCAUGGGUUUCCGUCAUCGGCACCCCCAAGAAGAAGGCGGACAGUUUCGCCAUCAACCUGCAGUGUGGCGACGACCCCGACUACGGCAAUGACGUAGCGUUCCACUUCAACCCCAGGUUCAGUGGGGAGGACUCUGUCAGGAACACCAUGGAGAACGGCUCGUGGGGCGAGGAGGAGAAGGAACAGCCCAACUUCCCUUUCGAGCCUGAAGACAGGUUUGAGAUCAACAUCCUGCGACUGUCAGACAUCUUCAGGGUGUUUGUCAACCGUCAGACCUACAUCGACUACGCCCACAGGAUUGACCCCGGCCGUAUCUGCCACAUUAUGUUGAACGGAGACUGCAAUUUCUUUGAGCCUGAGUUUUACUAAGUUUUCACAAGUCUGCUGUGUUUGUUUUACUACACACACCAAAGAUUGACACCAUCACGCCUUCAUUUCAACAAACACAAGUCGCCAA